UACUUCUUAUCAGUAUGAUAAGAUAACUGAGGCUAGCACGAACACACCUUGUAUUGCGUUCCAAACUGUUGGCUGUUUUUAGUGCAAAGUUGUUUUAUUAUAAUUAAUGUAAAGGAGUGACAGUAAUCCAAAAUGGCACAAAGGAAGUCCUUACUGUUUUACUUGGCGGCUAUCUUGGUAAUCAUCAGCACGCUCACACAGGAGGCUGAAGCUCGAAGAAAGAUCUUGAGAGGAAGACGUGUCAUGACACGGACUUAUUACCGUGGCAACGCGAUACCAGCUUGGGCGAUAAGCCUCCUCGCAGGCAUUGGAAUGCUUUUGAUUGGCGGCGUUCUGUACGUGGUUAUGAGAAAACUCGUCCUCUCCUCCGAAACGGGCACUCUGAAUACUUAUCAACCUGCGUUGCAGAAUGAAGACGUUUGAAGAGCAGUUUUAUACGAAACGUGAGAUGAACGUCUUUUGGAACCAUUCUUGGUCAAUUACGUUUUAACCCUUUUCCAGGCAUAGUGCACCUAGCGACCACAUACCCGCCAAAGAAUUUCGAC